UCUUCAUAAACAGGGGAAUAGCAGAGCGAGUAAGUUGCAAUUGCUAUUAUUUACUAAUAGAGGCAGCAAGCAAUGAGACUUCCAAGCCCUACGCUUUGCCUCCUACCAUUUCUUUUUCUGACUCUAGUGCAGAGACCCACCUUUGCCUCCAUAAAGCCAUAUGUGGUGUACUUUGGAGGCCAUUCUCAUGGCCCGAAACCCUCGUCUUUCGAUGCAAAUCUAGCGAAGGACUCUCAUUAUGAAUUCCUUGGAUCCUUCUUGGGAAGCCGUGAAUUCGCUGAAGAUGCAAUAUUUUACUCGUACACGAGGCACAUCAAUGGAUUUGCUGCCACUUUAGAAGAUGAAGUAGCAGCUGAGAUAGCUAAGCAUCCAAGAGUAGUGUCGGUCUUCUUGAACCAGGGAAGAAAACAACACACAACUCAUUCAUGGAGCUUUCUGGGACUCGAGAAAGAUGGAAUCGUUCCUUCUAGCUCGAUUUGGAAGAAGGCAAGAUUUGGUGAAGAUGCAAUUAUUGGAAACUUAGACACUGGAGUGUGGCCCGAGUCUGAAAGCUUUAGUGAUGAAGGGUUGGGACCGAUUCCAUCAAAGUGGAAAGGAAUAUGUCAAAAUGGCUAUGAUCCUGGCUUCCACUGCAACAGGAAGCUUAUAGGAGCCAGGUACUUCAACAAAGGGUAUGCUUCAAUUGUUGGUCAUCUCAACUCCUCCUUUGAUACGCCUCGAGAUGAAGAUGGCCAUGGAUCCCAUACCUUAUCAACAGCAGGAGGUAACUUUGUAGCUGGUGCAAGUGUUUUUUACAUGGGCAACGGAACUGCAAAAGGGGGGUCACCAAAGGCCCGGGUGGCAGCUUACAAGGUCUGCUAUCCCCCAGUAGAUGGAGACGAAUGCUUUGAUGCAGAUAUCUUAGCAGCAUUUGACGCUGCUAUCAGUGAUGGUGUGGAUGUAUUGUCUGUUUCGCUAGGAGGAAAUCCUACCGCAUUCUUCAAUGAUAGUGUUGCAAUUGGCUCUUUCCAUGCCGUGAAGCAUGGCAUUGUAGUGAUCUGUUCUGCUGGAAAUUCAGGUCCUGUAGAUGGUACCGUCUCCAAUGUUGCACCAUGGGAGAUCACAGUCGGGGCCAGCACCAUGGACAGAGAGUUUCCUAGUUAUGUUGUCCUAGGAAACAAAAUAAGCUUUAAGGGGGAGAGUUUAUCAGCUAAAGCCUUACCAAAGAAUAAGUUCUUUCCGCUUAUGAGUGCUGCAGAUGCUAGAGCAACUAAUGCAUCAGUUGAAAACGCUCUUCUGUGCAAGGAUGGAUCACUUGAUCCCGAAAAAGCUAAGGGGAAGAUCUUAGUCUGUCUUCGAGGGAUAAAUGCAAGAGUUGACAAGGGUCAGCAAGCUGCUUUGGCUGGUGCUGUAGGGAUGGUUCUUGCCAAUAAUAAGGAUGCUGGGAAUGAAAUUCUUGCCGAUCCUCACGUUCUUCCUGUAUCGCAUAUCAAUUACACCAGCGGUGUUGCUAUCUUCAAAUAUAUUAAUUCCACAGAGUAUCCCGUUGCUUAUAUCACUCAUCCAGUAACACGCAUUGGCACGAAGCCAGCCCCGGUCGUGGCUGCUUUUUCGUCGAAGGGACCCAAUACCGUCACGCCAGAGAUUCUUAAGCCUGAUAUCACAGCACCGGGAGUGAGUGUAAUAGCUGCCUACACAAAAGCACAAGGACCAACAAAUCAAGAUUUUGACACACGAAGAGUUCUAUUUAAUUCAGUAUCAGGCACUUCAAUGUCAUGCCCUCAUGUUUCAGGCAUAGUUGGCCUUCUUAAAACUCUGCAUCCUACUUGGAGUCCUGCAUCGAUUAAAUCAGCAAUUAUGACUACUGCGAUGACACAAGAUAACACGAUGGAACCAAUUCUGAAUGCAAACCACACCAAGGCAUCGCCAUUCAGUUAUGGAGCAGGCCACAUAAGACCAAACAAAGCUAUGGAUCCAGGGCUGGUAUAUGACUUAACAGUUAAUGAUUACCUCAACUUUCUAUGUGCCUUGGGGUACAACGAGACACAGAUCUCAACAUUCUCAGAUGCUCCUUAUGAAUGUCCCUCCAAGCCCAUUAGUCUUGCAAACUUCAACUACCCUUCUAUUACCGUUCCCAAAUUCAAUGGCUCAAUCACAUUGUCACGAACAGUUAAGAACGUUGGUUCUCCAAGUACUUACAAACUUCGAAUCAGAAAACCAACUGGGGUUUCUGUUUCUGUUGAGCCGAAGAAGUUGGAGUUCAAGAAGGUUGGUGAGGAGAAGGCCUUCACUGUUACCUUGAAAGGCAAAGGCAAGGCAGCAAAGGACUACGUAUUUGGAGAACUGAUAUGGUCUGACAAUAAGCAUGUGAGGAGUCCUAUAGUGGUAAAAUGGUUCUAGAGACUAACUUGCUUCAGCUAGCUAGGUUAAUACGUCUGUUCCAAUUUCUACUUGGUGGCUAUGGCUACAAUAUUUACAGCCUCGCGUUCAACAAAUAUUUAUCUUCAAGAAAAUGUUGGGUUUAUUUCUAUUAGAAUAAUCAAAGGAAAGAAGCCAUUGAUGAAUAGAAA